UUUAAAAAAACUUCUCUUCAUUUGCUAAAGACAUUUGCAAUUCAUUUGAACUACAAAUAUUUGCUAAUAUAUGUAUUUGUCAACGUAUUUUUUAUCCAAAAGUGCUUUGCAUACAUUGGCGAAAGUCGAAUUCCUUAGAUCAUUUUUGUGUGUCCGCUGUGUCAACGUUUGAAAUGAGUGCGAGUAGAGAUUGACUGAAAACAUUGCAAGCUUCUUUGUCCCGCGUCGUUGACAAAUUGUAGCAAAUAUGAACAGGUUUUCUGCGUGUUUACAUUUCCAUUUCAGAUUUUGGUAUUUUAUCUGCAAACAGUCAGACAAUUUUGUAAAAUUUUGAAGGUCGAUUCAUUGUAGUCUUUUCUACUAGACGUAAAUUAUAUGGGUUAAAUUUUGUGAUAAUUUUGAAAAUGGGCGCUAGAUUUUGUUGAAAAUUCUUCUCAAGGGUAGCCCUUUGAAUGUUUCAAUAAAGAGAGCAGUUUAAAAACCAGCUUUGAACCAGUUUCUUUCGAUGCACGUUUAUAUGGCGACAAGGUGAUGACGACAUAUAAGUCGGAUUUUAGAUAUUUUUUGAUCAGGUCUUUGAAAAGUAGCAUAUAGAUUUGCAAAAUCUUGACUAAUAAGCCAAGACAAAAUUUGCAAAAAAUGACUCUGAUUUUGGCUUGGUAUUUAAAUUUUAGAACCAAGACCGAAUUGCAGUGUUUUGACAGGGAAGGAGCCAUUGCCAACUGUUUCUCUUCAUCUAGGAUUAUUUUAUACUGCUCCUUUAACUCAAAUGGUCAAAACUCAAAAAAUACAAAAAUUUGAUUACAAAAAUACAAGAAACAUAAAUUGCCCACAUUUGCUGUAGACAAAGUUAUCUAUAUUGCCUUUAAAACUUGUAUGAACUAGGCAGGGAUGUGGUUUUAUUGAGAACAGAUGGGACCUAUUAAUCACCUCAUGCUGGAAAGUAAUAUGAAUUCUGAGACGACAGAUAUGUGGCUUGAUGUCGAACAGUAGAUCGCCCUAGAGAUAAACGGGCUUGAUAAGAACAGCAUUCUUUACAGUUGGGAAAGCUAUUUAUUUCUGGCUCUUUUAUGGACAACAGAAGCGAACAGAAGCUGUAUUAUAGACUAGAAAAUGAGAAACGAGAAAGGCAGUAGCCCAACAGGGGAGAUCAAUUGGAAAAAUGGUAUUUUUUCACGAUAAAUAUGAUACCAUCGCAGAAUUAUCUGAAUUAAUCGCGGCUAGCCCUCAAUGUCAUUAUACAGUAAAUUCCGGCAACAAUUCCGGAUCCACUUUUCCAGUAUCAGGCUGUUCUUGGGUCCUGUUUGAAAGGUGCCUAUGAAAAUUGCAGGAUCAAUGGCUCUCACAUUAAGUUCUUAUUAAAAAGGUAUGUUUUAAUGAUGUGUUAAUGGUUUGAUGACAAUAGAAGAUUUCAAAGAAAGCACCCUUUCAAUUACAGCACUAAUGAUUGGUCAGGCUCAGGCAGGUUCUGAAUCAGGUGAUGUACCAACGGGAGACGAGCUAGUGCUAGAAGGACCCUGUCACAAAUAAAUGUCGAGCUAAUUUUGAAACAUAAAUUUUCGUGACAAAAUUGCCCUUGAAUCCAGCUAUAAAGUUGUCUCUAGUCACAAGUCUGUCUCGUCUACAAAGUUAUGUACUGGGGAGUUUAGUUGCCAAACAGAAAAAAACUCCUGACAACAAAGUCAGUGUGAAAGAGAUUUCACAAUCAGCAAUAUUUAGGCUUUUUAUCGUGAAAUUAAGUUAUUGCUGUAAGAUUUUCACCGUUCUUAGUUUUUUACGCCUGUUAAUGUUUCUGGCAUGAUUUAAGACUGUUAAUGUUUGUUGAAGACGACACUAAACUCAGAUUUGGCGAAAAACAGUUAAUGAUAUGUUUUCCAUCGAAAAAGUCUUCCAAUCUUCGCAAUAUUUUGCGAAUUUGUUCCGAAUCUUUGUGCUUCGCUCAAGGGUGUCGCCUCAGACACAAACUCCAUGCACCUAUGUUUAUGUUGUGUAAUACUAUAAACUAUGUACAAAACUGCUGACAGAAAGAUAUUCCAUGAAAUAGAACGUAUCUAGAAAGGAUUUUAGGGGCAUGCUUGUCCAAAGGAAUUCUACUUGGAGGAUUUCUCUUCUAUCUCCUCCGUAGAAUCUGCAACGGGGGCUGUGUGAAAAGAAAAUAACUUUAUGCCAUAUCUAAGAACAAAACUGAGCUUUUGCUGCAUUCAUCCCAUUUUCUCCCUUUACUCUGCCAAUACUUUCGAUUACCCAGGCAGGGAAAACAAAUUUUACAAUCUUUUCAGAUCAGUGUCUACAACACAAAGAGGAUCCCAUGUAAAACAAAUUCCUAGAAUGGCCAUUCAAGUAUAGUUCUAUAAAAGGAUUUGACAGGGGCUUAGCGAAAGUAAACAAGUGUUCUUUGUUUUUCUACAAAAUCUUUGUUUUUAUAGACGACGGUUAUGUCUUUGUAUUACGACACCCUGUUGUUACAAUUCAACUUAUAAGAAAGCAAUUUUAAUAAGCAAAAUGGUUCAUUUAAAGGAUUUAAGAUUUUAACAGACGUUAAGUAUCUGUAACCCGAUUGAAAAACACAGAUGGAACAAAAGUUUUUAGACUAGUUAUAGAAAUAGGCUAUACGAGAUUCCAAGGGCAGGCACAUGUUUCCAGUAAUUGCAUAUCCAAGUUCAGGAUUGGGAAUAAUUUGCUUGUUAAAGGAUAGCGUUUUUUAUGCUUUAUUGGAGCGAUUUUCGUAGAAAUGGAGCGCGAAUUUCUUCAGUACAAAAUAAGUCUUGGAGGUAUGAUUCGGGCGCAGAAUUUGGCGACGAAAUUGAAAAGGAGAGCUGUCUUUUUGGUGGCGGAGAAGCGGCGGAGAGAGAACAAAGGGGUGGUGUUGGUUGUACAUAAAGAUGAACCAGUUAGAGUGACAGAUUUGGAAGCAGUUUGUCCCAGUUUUGUCCCUCUUUGUUCAUUGCCCCGUAAGGAGGAGAAAGCUAAAUGUGCCAGAUCUCAACGGUUUUAUGAACCAGAUGUGCGACUCAUUAUAAAGAGUGUUUUGGAGGAGAAUUUAAAUGGGGUUAAGUAUGACAGCGAAGACUGCAAGGUUGCUGCAAAAAUGUUGUCAAAUUUAAUAAAGGACAAAGUUAAGUCUCUUUGCUACGAUAGGUACAAGAUAAUUUGCAUCGUUUAUAUCGGCCAAUCGUCCAAGCAAGGACUGCAGAUCUCCAGUUUAUGCUUGUUCGAUGAGGAAAAGGACAAUUUCGCAGAGUAUCGUCUCAACUCAGACAACCUGUUUGCUGUUGGAGUUGUGUAUGGUAUGUACAUGGAGUAGCUAGGACCCUGGUUUUAAACACACCUGGAAGGAUUAUGUUUACAUUUGAACUUACAACUUUCUUUGACUGAAAUUAGUCCUUGAUUUUUGCUGGAUUUACCUGUAUUAUAGUAGCUGCAAUAUUUGUUUAAACAUGAAUAAAGCUGAAUUAUAAUUUUUUUAGGAAUUA